GGUGUGGCUACAGUGGUUUGAUAAACAUGUCUGGCAAGCUGCUGUUAACGAAGUCUUAUCUGCUGUACUGUGGACUUCAAUAUAUACAUCUCAUAAUGACAAGGGAUUGCAAGCAUGAGUCCAGUUGCUAACUAAAUGGCAGGAGUUUUAGUUCACUUUUUCGUCUCUUGCUGAUGCCUCUACACGGAGAACAAAAGCCAGCAAGUCAUUCACAAGAGCAACAUACAACCAAAGCAGGCUACUAGAUUUCGCGUUUUACGACUAGAAUUUAUUCGUUGUGUCCAAACCAUGGCUAUAUCUAAAUCUAAAAUUGCAGUAGGGCUUCUAGUUGGGGGGAUUCUGACUGUGGUUUUUGGGACGGUUCUUGUAUUUGUCGGACCUAUUAUUAUUGAUGAUCAAAUUGCUAAGAAUGUCGAGAUCAACCCUAAGAACGAAAUGUCCUACACUAUGUGGAAGGACAUCCCCGUUCCGUUCUUCAUGUCCGUGUACUUUUUCAAUGUCCUGAACCCGCAAGAGAUUUUGAAUGGCGAGAAGCCAAUGGUGGAACAGAGGGGACCAUACGUUUACAGUGAAAAACGGUGGAAGGACAACAUCACUUUCCAUGAGAACUACACAGUUUCCUACAAGGAGUACAGGCAGUACCACUUUGAGAGGGACAUGUCGGUGGGAGACGAGUCCGACGUCGUCACCAUCCCCAACAUGCUGGUGCUGGGAGCAGCAAUCAUGAUGGAGAAGCUGCCCUAUCCUGUGCGCAUGAUAAUCAGCGCCUCCUUCAAGGCCUUCAAGGAGACGGCCUUCCUGACAAAGCCUGUGGGCGAGCUGAUGUGGGGAUACGACAGCAAGCUGGUGGACUUCCUCAACAACUACUUCCCAGGCAUGCUCCCCUCCACAGGCAAAUUUGGCCUUUUCGCUGAGUUCAACAACUCCAACACAGGCCUGUUCACAGUCAACACCGGUCAGGAUGACAUCAGGAAAGUGCACAAAGUAGACUCCUGGAACGGUUUGAAAAAGGUGGACUACUGGAGGACGGAGCAGUGUAACAUGAUAAACGGCACAGCUGGACAGAUGUGGCCUCCGUUUAUGACGCCCGAGUCCACCCUACCUUUCUACAGCCCAGACGCCUGCAGGUCUAUGGAGCUGGUUUAUCAGAGGCCAGGGAGUGUCGGUGGCGUUCCUGUGUAUCGCUUUGUGGCCCCCACAACCCUCUUUGCCAAUGGGACGGACUACGCCCCCAAUGAGGGCUUCUGCCCCUGCAGGCAGUCUGGACUUCUGAACGUCAGCAGCUGCAGACAAAAGUCUCCGGUGUUCAUUUCCCAUCCUCACUUCUUCAAUGCGGACCCUUUCCUGCUGAGUACAGUGCUUGGCCUCAGUCCCAAUGAGGAUGACCAUGGCCUCUUCAUCGACAUCCAUCCCGAGACCGGAGUACCCAUGAACGUAUCUGUCAGGCUGCAGCUGAACCUUUACAUGAAGGCAGUGUCAGGAAUCACUGAGACAGGCAAGAUUUCUGAGGUGGUGAUGCCGAUGAUCUGGUUCGGAGAGAGUGGCUACAUUGAUGGGCCGAUUCUCAAAACGUUCCACACCAACCUGGUGGUGAUGCCUGCCAUGAUGGAGUAUAUGCAAUACAUCUUCAUCAGUCUGGGAUUGGCCACCAUUCUAGGAGCCGUUAUCCUGAAAACUCAGGACAAGCGUCGGACCCAAUCAUCCACUAACCUGACUGAAAAACAAGACCAAAUGGACGACAUAAAUGAGCCAAAAGCCAGCUCGAGUGGCAGUGAGAGGCAGGCGGAAAAAUAUGUCAUAAACGACUCAGAGAAACCCAUGUAAGAAGAACACCCUGCCCUGCACGCAAGAGGAGCCAGACUCGUUAGUGAACGAAACCACCCCUCUGAUUCAAAGUUGAUGUGGGAUUGGAUGCUCCCUCUUUUCCUCCAACACUUUUUCUCUCUGUCUGUCCCUCUCCUCUUCCUUUUCUCCAUCAGUCUGCCCUUCUCUGUCCCUGUCUCUCUUACAAUAUCCAUUUUUCGCUCUCUCUCUGUCUGCCCCCCCUGUCUCUCUGACACACUCCUCUUCCUGCAGUUAUAUGACAGUUGCCAAAGUCAAAGUCAGGUACAUCUGUAGUUACCAGGCACUUCAGACUUCAGGUGACCUCAGCUAGUGAAGCUGAGCCUUUUCUUUUACGGGCCUUGAACACUGUGAACACCAUGAAACUGGACUCACCCCUCAGACGAGAACACAGCAGUGAGGAGUCACAGGGGACCCAAAGGGGACACACCUGGGUCCCUGCUGUCUUGGACAGAUUCCGUAUUACUGCACAGGCCACUGGAGCAGCACUGAGUUGCCAUCAUUGCUUCCAUCCACACUUCCAAUGACGUUCAUGUUCGCAGCAACGGUGAUUAACUUUUAGUCCUGAUACCGGUUCUGAGUCUAGAACGGAUCUGACCCUGAGGUAUGGCAGAUUCAGGACACAUCGGUUCUAGUCGGCUGCUAUGGGAUUUCCACAAGUUCUCCUUCAUCUCCUUCGUUGAGAGAUCCUCAACACUUUUCAGUAACACUCCAAACCUGGAUGGUUUACUAAGACAAUGCCUCAUCUGUAUUUCAAGACCACUACACUGUUUACAAGAAAAAAUCCCAACAUUGGAUGUGCCUUAAAUGGUUGAUGUAUAUAUGGUUUGUAAGAAUGUGCACAAAUUCAGAAUCUGAAUUUCAUUAGAAGUAUUUUUAAUUUUGAAGUUUUCGUUGUUCUGUCCGCAAGAAUCUGUCAUGUAAUGGCGUGGGAUUUUGGGGUGUAAUUCAGUAAGAGAACCUAAGCAUUAAAGCUGUGUUGAGUGUGUGAUAGCUCCUCUGACAUUACUUGCAGAAGAGCUGUCAAAGAACUUUAAUGAAGUGGAUGAAUACACUCAUGAUGUAACCUAAAAUGAGUAAAGAAUUCUCAUGUUAUAAAAUUUCUCAGAACCA